AGGAAAUCAUUCUAAAUUGUCUCAUUUAAUACAAAUGUGAAUAUAUAGUUGUAUCUGAAUCUUGAACAGAUCGAAUCUACUAUGGACAUCAUAUAUAUGUUUGUUUUGUUUCCGGUUGUGUCAAAAAGUUUGCUUGUCCUUGGUCGACAAGAGAAUAAUGAGCUUACAGAACGUUCAUCUGAUCAAAUGCCAUAUGAUCGAAAUUGGUUGGUCAUUGAUAAAGAACAAGAUUACGUACAUGUCGGGGAUAAACCUGAAUACAGCUGUUCUACGAAAAACGACGUACAGUUUCUAAUAGGCAAUCCAUUAAGAUGGGAGAAAGUUGGUCGUGAUGGUUCCCGCAUCAAAAUAUCUACACUGGCCAAUGUUGAGGAAGGACAACUUCGGAAAUAUAAUGUUCUACUAUACACGAAUAACACUUAUAUGACUUUCAAAUUGAGUUUUCCUCAAGGAAUAACUGAAACCGAUGAAGGAUUCCUCUACUGUGUCCAGUACGACAAAAAUGAUAUAGUACUUUUCGAAAGAAGGGUGGAAGUUCAUGUUAUAGCAAAAACAACAACAGCAGCACCAACAACCACAAGAGCACAAAUAACAACAAGUAUAUCUAAUAACAUUUGCAUUGAUGGACAUGUAAUGUGUACACACCUGUUUCCUGGUGAAUGUGAAGUAGCAUUACAUUUAAUGAUCUUGUGUCCAGCGAGUUGUGAUAUUUGUUAUCGACCAGAAAGAUACUGUGCCGAUCGUUCCAAUGAUUGUUCUAAGGUUAAAGACCAAUGUAAUGACCACACAAUUAAACAGAUUUGUCAAUCAACUUGUAAUGUAUGUGAUGCUAAUGGUUGUAACAGUACACUUGUAUCCUCAGCUCUCUCCAAAAAUCUUGUGCUAUCACAUUCUGCAGGAGAUUAUUGUUCCGAUGGUACUCGAACAAAUGCAGACUCAGUCAUCCUGAAACUAUGUAAUGCGAGAACUGAUAAAAUGUGGCGACAGGGUAUACAGGUUGUUUCAAACUGUAAACAAAUAUCGUUAUAUGCUCCUGUUUCGUCGUUUGGAUCUUUUUCUCAUCAACUUGGAAUAUUUCUUGGUUGUACUGACACGGGAAUUAAGAUAGGAAUACAGAAAUGCAAUGACCACUUCAAAGAACAAGCAUUGGUUUCUGGUGACACGUCAACAGCCUUUUCUAAUGCUGAUGUUUACCAUGUACUCAUUGUGAAAUAAAAAAAAUGUAUGAACUUUAA